AUGAAGAAGUAUGGAUAUCAUCAAGAUUAUAUGGUUGGAACUAGUGAUGAUGCUGAUGAAAUGGGUAAAUUACAAAAGUACUUAGCCUCAGAGUUUGAGAUGAAGGACUUGGGGGCUUUGAAGUAUUUUCUGGGAAUCGAAGUAACUCGCUCUGCUACUAGUAUUUGUCUCUCUCAAAGGAAAAAGCUUCAAGCAGAGGCUUGA